CCGACAGUGGCUGGAAAAUUUAUCAAUACCAGCGCACCUAGUCGACAGAGUCGCUUCGAGAGUCCGCGCUCCCACGAAAAGCGCUAAAAACCCGAGAAAGGAGGACAGAACAUGGCUACCGAGGGUGGUCUCGCGCCAGAUGCAGCAGGGGGUGCCGGAAGCGAUGGAGUCGUCGGGGGGCCAAGAACACCCCAACAGAUCGCCUCGCAAAAGCGGUUACAGCAAACGCAAGCGCAAGUCGACGAAGUCGUCGAUAUUAUGAAAACAAAUGUCGAAAAAGUUCUCGAACGUGAUCAAAAGCUCUCAGAACUUGACGACCGAGCUGAUGCACUGCAGCAAGGCGCGUCGCAAUUUGAGCAGCAAGCUGGAAAGUUGAAAAGGAAGUUCUGGCUACAAAACUUGAAGAUGAUGAUCAUUAUGGGAGUCAUCGGGCUUAUCGUAUUAGCCAUCAUUGUCGCCAAGUUUAUGCCGGAUACACCACCAGUUGCCCAACCACCCAUGUAUCAGUACCCGCCUCAACCGCCCCCACCGGGACCAGCUCCAGCUGCAGCUGCUCCGGGUGUUCCACAAACAGCUCCGGCUGCUUUGGUUGGUUCCAUGAAUUUAGAACAUGGGCUCCGCAGUCUCAUCUAAAAUUUUAAUGAGUCAGGCUGAAAAAGUAAUAAUCGUCUAUCGAAGCGUAAAAAUCUGCAGCGAAAAGGAAACAAUACACAUUUUUCUCAUAUGUCAUUUUAAAUUUAAAUUUAUUUUUCAUAAGACAUGGAUGAUUUCGGCCCAUUUUAAUAGAGAUGAAGAGGAGCUAAAGCACCUAUUUUCAGUCUUAAGGAAAAGAAAAGUACUUUUUACUCCCUAGGGAGUAAAAAGUUACUUCGGAGGUGAAUAAUGAUACUUACCAAGCAAAUUUGAUUGCAUGGGUAGUUUGUUUGAUUGAUUUUACCAACAAUAAAUUACAAAAAAUUAUUGACAUUUCACGGAAAUUUGGGAAAUUUUUUGAUACUCUAAAUUUUUUUAAUUUUAUAAUAUU